AUGGAUACAGACUCCAGUUCGUUUGCCAGUAUUUUGGCAAACGUGGCCAAGCUUCGCGAGAAGGAGAACGGUCCGGUCGAGGAUAAGCAACAACCCACAGAGGACGAUAUGCCGGUCCCUGUUCGAGAAAGACCAAAGUCUACAUUUGAUAGAGUGAUAGACGGGCCUAAUCUUCUUCCUGCACAAAACGAGGCAUCUGUUCGCGUUAGACCCACCAGAGAUGCUCCCCAGGUGAUUAUCAGAGGGUCCAAUGAUGAAGACAAACGCGUCGACUCCGCCAAAUACACCACAUUGAAGAAACAGACAUUCUCCUCUAUUCAGGUUAACCAGAACCAAACCGGCAAUCCGCUGCUGCAGUCGCUCAAACAGGUGUCGUACGAGUUCAACGCAAAAGUGAAGGACGUGGACUACCUCAUAAACUCCCACUGUGUGGUCAUCUUCCUCUCGCUACGCUACCACAAGCUCCAUCCGGAGUAUAUCUAUAACAAGCUCAAGAAGAUCAGUUAUAACGCAAAUAACAAACGAACCAACAGAAUACUAAUGACAUUGGUGGAUAUCGACAACUCUGAUGAUGCUGUGCGUGAGCUCAAUAAGGUGUGUCUAUUUAAUGAGCUCAACCUGGUGCUAGCAUGGUCUUUCUCCCAAUGCGGAGAUUAUCUGACUUUUCUCAAGCAAUGCGAGCUCAACGUUGGAAACCAGCUGAUUAAAGGAGCAGCCAAAACGGACUCCGUUACCAGUGAUGCCGACUACUACCAGCGUGUGGUCGAUAUGAUGACGAGCGUCAAGUCCAUUAACAAGACCGAUUCGGUCAACCUGAUCUCCAAGUUCAAGAACUUUAAAAAUCUAUGUGAAAAUGCUAACGAGUACAACCUAGAAGAAGUUUCCGGUAUGGGACGCAACAAGAUCGAGCGGCUGCUCAAAGUGAUCAACGAUCCAUUCAUCUAUCGCUAA